AUGCCAAGCACUGCGGUGGCAGGCGUCAGGCGUCCGUUCCACGCACAGGGUGAGACGUUCCACUGCGACUGCUGCAAGUACACCACGCGGCACAAGUGGAACAUGGUGGUGCACGUGCGCACGCACACGGGGGAGCGGCCCUUCCGGUGCGUGCUCUGCCCCAAGUCGUUCUCGCGCAAGAACGUGCUGGACGAGCACAUGCACACACACACCGGCGCCCGUCCCUUCCGCUGCUCCCUCUGCCCCGUGGCGUUUGCGCACAAGAACUCGCUUGUUACGCACCUCAAGCGCCACGUGGGUGAGCGGCCCUUCGCGUGCCCCGAAUGUGGUCGGGCAUUCACUGGCCGCUUCUCGCUCAAUCGACACCUCAUGUCGCACGCACUCGCAGAACCUCCACCCUGA